AAUGCAUACUCGUAACGACGAAAUGAUAUGCAGCCUCAAACGUAUCUUUUUUCACUAUCUGUGAUGUUACUACUUCUUAAAACAUUUAGUUUUUAUUCAAGGGAUGGGACACCGUUAAAUGUAACAUACACAUUAAAACAAUACUAAAAGUCUAAUUCUCAACAAAGUGAUAAAUAUUUUUUUCUUCUUUCUUGACUGUCAUUUAGCUUUUAGGUCGACUAUAUACACCACACUACACUGCACCAGGAUGUGAAAAAGUGCCACGGUGGAAGACUCAUAGUUUUUGAGCCAAAGCUGUCUCUGUGUACUAUAAAGUCAUUCAAGGCUCUUACCUUAGAUGUCUGGCCCCAGCAGCAUGGCAGCGUCAGUCGGAGCAAGUACAUUGUACAUUGCAAUGAAAAACGUUUCGCCAUCUAUCUUUGGACCAGUCAAGGUUUCCAUUGUGGACGACAACAUUGUAAUCAUCCAUGGAUCACGGAAAAUUUCCGCGCAAUUUCCGGAAGGAUCUGUACACUUGUUGGAAGUUUGCCGUGAAGUCAGCUGUCACUGGGACUGUUGCGUACUCGACUGCAAGUGCCCCCAGCCCGACAAUCACAUAUUCUUGCAACUGAGCAUUUCAACGGCUCCAGAAAACGUCGCUCAACUUCGCUGUGUAAUAGACAACUACUUAACACCAAACAAGGAUGCCUGGCAUCAAACGCCAAACAUAGAAAGACAGGUUGCUGAUUUAACUGCUACCACUGAUCUUGAAACUGAAGACGAGGUCUGCGACGACUGCGGGUACCGCAUCUUCCGCAGUCUAGAAGAGUUAGAUGCCACCCACCGAGCUGUAAUAGCCACUCUAUACAGGCAGUGUAUGGAGUGCGGCUUUUAGAAAUGCGUUGUACAUGGACUAUUAGUUCCUCUCGUGCAGUGCAAGUUUUCGCCACUUUGUUCCAUAGUUGACCAGGUUGAACGUAUAAAGACGGUUACUUUAGAUACAAGGAACUCAUGAUCAAAACAUAAAUGUAUAAAGCACAGCUGUAUGUUUUCAUAUGAAUACUAAGUUAUUUCCAGAAAUUCUAAGUUAUUUCCAGAAAUUCUAUAAAUAACAGAACAGUUUCAAGCUCAAUGUGCGGCUCUGCCAGUAUAUGUUAUUUUGAUUAAGAAUUAAUCAUUAUUACUAUAGAUAUAGUUCCUUCACCUUGUGUAAAAUAUAUUAUAAGAACUAUUGACCCUGUGUUGUUCGAAAAUAAAUUCUUUCGAAAGCGUCAGACUCAACAGUUUAUUUGAGACACACACAUAUGCACACACACAAAACAACAAAGGGAUUUAUUCAAGAAAUAUAACAAGCACUAUCAAUUGUCGAAUCGACUUGAU